GGCAGGUCUUGGCGGCAGUGCAGGGCCUGCGCGACGGGGCUCCGGUGUGUCGUUGCUAUUCAGAAAUAGCAGUGGGACGGGCCCUGGGGAGGGCAGCGGUCGGUGGGCGACCCGCGCGGGCGCUGUGCGCUGGGCCUGGCGGCCGGCGGCGCGCAGCGGGGGCGGGCAGAGGGCGGCGCCGCUGCAGUGCGGAGACCCGCUCGCCGUCCCCGCGUCCCCGCGUCCCCGCGCAGCUGCCUCUGGCCUCGGGCACCGCGCAUCUACAGGACUGUAGAAGACAUUCUGACCAUGGCUUCCCCAUCCUGCUUCCACUCGGAGGACGAGGACUCUCUGAAAGGAUGCGAGAUGUACGUGCAGAAGCAUGGCAUCCAGCAGGUGCUCAAAGAAUGCAUUGUGCACCUCUGUGUUGCCAAGCCUGACCGGCCGCUGCGAUUCCUUCGGGAGCACUUUGAGAAGCUGGAGAAGGAGGAAAACAGGCAGAUCCUGGCUCGGCAGAAGUCAAACUCACAGUCUGAUUCCCAUGAUGAGGAGAUCUCCCCAACACCCCCGAACCCUGUGGUAAAGGCACGCCGCCGGCGGGGUGGUGUGAGUGCUGAGGUUUACACCGAGGAGGAUGCUGUCUCCUAUGUGAGGAAGGUCAUUCCCAAGGACUAUAAGACCAUGACUGCUCUGGCUAAGGCCAUUUCCAAGAACGUGCUCUUCUCACACCUGGAUGACAACGAGCGGAGUGACAUAUUUGAUGCCAUGUUUCCUGUCACUCACAUCGCUGGGGAAACGGUUAUACAGCAAGGGAACGAAGGAGAUAAUUUCUAUGUGAUUGACCAAGGAGAAGUAGAUGUGUAUGUGAACGGCGAAUGGGUUACCAACAUCAGUGAGGGGGGAAGCUUCGGAGAGCUGGCUCUCAUUUAUGGCACCCCCAGAGCAGCCACCGUGAAGGCCAAAACGGACCUCAAGCUCUGGGGCAUUGAUCGUGACAGCUACAGGCGCAUCCUCAUGGGAAGCACUCUGAGGAAACGCAAGAUGUACGAGGAAUUCCUCAGCAAAGUCUCCAUCCUAGAGUCCCUGGAGAAGUGGGAACGCUUGACUGUGGCUGACGCCCUGGAGCCUGUGCAGUUUGAAGAUGGAGAGAAAAUCGUUGUUCAGGGGGAGCCCGGGGAUGACUUCUACAUCAUCACAGAGGGCACUGCUUCGGUCCUCCAGCGACGAUCCCCCAAUGAGGAGUAUGUGGAAGUGGGGCGCCUUGGGCCCUCUGACUACUUUGGGGAGAUUGCAUUGCUGCUGAACCGACCCCGUGCAGCCACUGUGGUGGCCCGGGGUCCUCUCAAGUGUGUGAAGUUGGACCGGCCUCGUUUCGAACGCGUCCUCGGCCCCUGCUCCGAAAUCCUGAAAAGAAACAUCCAGCGUUACAACAGCUUCAUCUCCCUCACUGUCUGAGCUUGCAUUGCACCUGUACCCUUGUGGGGGUUCCCAUUGUGGCCCAGUGACCCAUUCCCCAUGCCAGGGGCCUGGGAGCUGCUGGUUAGCAGCGAGGUGGGGCUGGUGCCUGGCAUGGAGCCGCUCCCUUCUGGACUCACUUUUGAAUAAAUACCCAUCUUGAGCAUUUUAAAAAUUAAGGGCAAGUGACAACUGCAUCCCCAGACCAGGGAAGUGACAGCUGGCUCCCCCACAGUCACCCUGCAACCUUAUUUUGGGGCUACCCUAUCCCCUCUUCAAGUCUUUGGGAAUUCUUAUUUGGUCCCCAUACUUGAACUAGCUCUGUGUCCUGCCAGGUCUCAAGACAGAGGGACUACAGCUACCCUUGCAGCUUUCCCCCAGGGCUGAAAGUUAGGACACUGUCCCUGUUCCCUGUCAGAUUCUCCCAGGUGUGUAGGACAGAUGUGUCAAAGGGAAGUGUCCUCAGAUGGACACUCAGGUUUGAGAGCAGAAACAGAGGGUGAGGAAAGACAUUCUUGGUCCCUGCCCACUACCCUCAACUCUCAGAAAGACCCCUGAUGGGCCCAAGUAGGUUCCAGCCUCCCAACUGACCCCAGAAAGUCAGGAGGUAGUAUCUUAAACUAGUCACUUGCCCUCAUGGCUUUUGGAAAGUUCAUUUCUGGAUUGCAGGGCACCCUGAGCUCAUGUCAGGACAGUUGGCCAAGCCUGUGACCCCUCACUGGCUGGGCGCCCAGAUUGAGCAGGAAGCAUGGUGAUGCGGGGGCUUUCCAAAUGAUCGUGAGUCUGGGCUGAGUCCCCAUCUCCUGGUAGCUAGGAGUCACGGCUCUGUCAACCUGCCUAUUGGAGAUCCCUAGGGACAGCAAGGAACUCUGACUUGCUGGUUAAAGCUGUGGGUGCUGAGCCUUCCCCGGAUUCAUUGUGUAAAACCCAAGUCCCUGCCCCUGAAGCCCAAGCAUCUCUUACCUGAGUCUCUCUGCUCCCUUUUGUGAGGGGAAGAUAAGCUGAAACCAGGCUUAACCCCACAUACUGAACCACCAGUGAAGUGUGAUAUGAGCCAGCCAGGCCUGAGGGCCACAUGAGUGUCCACAACUGCUCAGUGUCUCCUGGGUAACCGGCAUGUCAUGACACAGGGUGAUCAAUCUUUUCUUGUCCCCCCUGUGCACGUCUAGGGAGGUGAGCCUUCCGGCUGGCCAUCAGCUCCUCCCUAUGUGGCCCUGGCUGUGUGUGUCCUGCCUGCACUGUGGACUAUCUGUGGAAUCUGCGGACAUGCUCCUCCAUCCCCUAUUUAUGUCACCAAGUGCUGCAUGAGCUAUUAAAUGUGCAAUGAAGAACCCUUUCCCGA